AUGAGACUGUCUAAUUUGUCCUAUGCACUAUUGGGAGCGACAUUGGUCGAGUCAUUGGUCAUUGUAGACUCUAGCUUGGCGACAGCAUGUAUCUACUACCAUAAAACGUUUGAUUGGGGCUGUAACUCUCAUUCUAAUGGAAUGAAAGCGUACAGAUGUCGAUGUUUGAAUCGUAAUUGGGUUGGAACUGUUACGAAUUGUAUUAUUUCUAAUUCCAAUUCUACAAAAACUAUUGAUCAUGCACUAAAGCAUGUUGUGAGGAGAUGUUUUGAAAUGGGAGACGUAAUUUACACCUUGGAGGAUAUGUAUCAGGCAUAUGAGCAAAGUGUUGGGAGCCUGAGAGAUCCAACUCCAUUUGAUCUAGAUAAUCCUGUUAAUACGACACUUGCAGUGGAUCAUAAAGAAUUUGAUUGGUAUUACAUUAAAUUCAAAGAAUUCACGUCUUCUGUUGUCACAUCGCAAUGGUUUGGUUGGGGUCUAGUCUUCUAUUGGUGUGCAGUUCUCGUAAUUGCUACCUUGUUUAAUUUUUUACAUCGUUUUCUUCGGUGGUCUCCAUUGAGAACUAAUUGGAUGAAGAAGCAUAUUAUAUUACCAUCUGUCUAUAAGGAUUACCAUGAAAGAACGUAUCUGUUUGCAAAAUUAUUCCCUUUAGAUUUCCCCACCAGGCUUCAAUGGCUGGUAGUUGCAGGUUUUAUCAUUCAAACUGUUAUUUCAUGCUGUGUUGGAUAUAAUGUGACCUUGCCACAUCCUUACACAAACUCUCAGUGGUUUAUGGAUUUGGAUCUGGUAAGUUAUAGGGUUGAUUUAAUGAGCUUUUCGUUGUUUCCGGUUAUCUAUUUUUUUGGAAUCCGCAAUAAUCCAUUCAUUCCAUUGACAGGUAUGGCCUAUGCCACCUUCAGCUUUUAUCAUAAAUGGUGUUCUUAUGUUUGUUGUAUGCUGGCAUUUAUACAUUCAGUCAUUUGGACGGUAUAUGCUUGUAGUGCUGAAGGUGGAGGCUAUACGAAAUUUUUGGCAACUUAUUGGAACUGGGGUAUUGUUGGAACGACCCUCAUUGUCUUACUAGUCUUUCACAGUGAUAAAAUUAUAAGAAGACUAACAUAUGAAUUCUUCCUAUUUUUGCACAAGGUUUUCAAUAUUCUUUUCAUUGUUGCAAUGUAUUAUCACGUUCGUACUUUAGGAUGGCUCAACUGGGUCUGGUCAAUGGUUUUCAUAGUUAGCUUUGAUAGAUGUGCCAGAAUAAGCCGCAUUUUACUGUGUGGUGGUGUUCAGACUGCCAACUUGUCUGAAGUUGGUGGAGGAGUCAUUAAAAUGACCAUCAAGAGGCCAAAGUACUUCAAGUACUACCCUGGGUCGUUUGUUUAUGUUUACUUUUUAAGCUCCAAAGAUCAAUGGAUAUAUCCGUUUCAAUCACACCCAUUUACAGUUAUAAGUGCUUCGGAGUUCGGCAAGGACAAGCUUUAUUUAUACUUCAAGGCUCAAAAGGGUAUCACUCAACGCCUGUUGGAAAGAAUUUUAAUAUCUGAAAAGGAUCAAAUUAACUAUAACCUACUUCUAGAGGGACCCUAUGGUAAUUCAAUCCCAAACUUGACUUCAUCUGACAGAAGGUACGUUGGUAUUUCCGCUGGUCUGGGUGUUACUGCUGUCUACCCGCAUUUUGCAAAAUUAUUGAAACAUGAAUCCCAGUUGAAUCAUUCUUUCUACUGGAUUAUUAACGAUGUCUCAUGUUUAACUUGGUUUGCCGAAGAGCUAAAGUACCUGGAAUUGAGGAAUUGUGAUGUGCAUAUCAUCUGCACUAAAUCCCAAGAGUUUUUAGAAGAAACUAGUUCAUUGGAUAUAAGUGCUCAAAAAUGUCUUGAUUCUUUCAGUAUUGAAUGGAUAUCCAACCGCCCCGACUUGAACUCAUUCGUUGGGCAAGAAAUUGAUGUCUCUUCCAAACGCUCACAAGACUUGACCUUUAUUAGUUGUGGUCCGUCUCUGUUCAAUGAUCACCUACGUCAUGCGGCCAGAUGUGGGAUAUCUAAAAGUUUGAAGAUUGACGUUGACUUACAAGAAGAAAGCUUUACUUGGUAA